CAGAGAUCCAACUAUCCCAACUAUUAUGUUUCUUCUCUACAACACAUCCUGAAGCCGAGAUCUCAGCGAACUUGGCGCUAUCGACAGCCCAACGAACCAUCUCGUACACGUCGCCUGCCGAUCUUCCUUUGCUUGCAUCUCAUCUCGCCUAGAGCACGCUCUCACGCCGUACGUGCAACAGCUAUCCACUUGUCGUCACCGUACAAAGCGAGGCAUCGUCGCCCGUGGAGAACAUUGAUGCAGAGCUAAAGCGAGCCAAGUAAGGCAAGAAGACCUCAUCUAUAGAUGCGCACCGGCCUGCCAUCGUAGCUACACGUCCUCGGCGCAAUGGAAGCAAACCCCAAUCGCGAUGGCUGGAGCCAGUCUGGUCAAACCUCAAAUACCACCUCAAACCCGUCGCAACCACCGUCUGGGCCAAAUGGCGCUCCAGUAUUACCGCCUCCGCAAGCAUCAUUCUUUUCUGGACCGCCGCCCGCACAUAACCUGCCUGGCAUAGCCGGCCUUACUCAAGCAUCACAGUCACAUCCAUCGCAACCCGUGCAGCAUACGACCUCCAGAUCCGAGCCUGGCGCACCAUCAAAUGCUCUACCAGUUCCUCAACCACCGACCUCCCACGGCUUCUCGGCUAUAAACCAACAUCAAUCUCAAAGUCAGAGCAAUAUGGAUGCUGAACGAGAACGCAUGCAACGGGAGAUGGAGGAGAUUGCUCGGAGGGAAGCUGAGCAGAGAGACCUACGAGAAAGGCAGUUCCGCGAGCAGCAGCAACACGAGCCGCAGAUCAUCCAUCAACCUGUAGCUGUGCCACCGAAUGUACGCUCAAUACAUGGUCCGAAUGGGUUGCUAGGAAAUCCAAACGCAGCUGCGACAUCUUCUGCACCUGGUCAAUCAGGGGUAGGAACUUCUCAAGGCCUCUUCCCCGGUGCUCAAAUCGGCCCGGAUCACAACGUUCGCACGCAGCAACCAGCUGGAACAGCACAGCCGGCAGUUAUACCGUUUGGCCAAUCAGCUGUUCAAAGUGCACCCAUGAAUCAGGCGCAACAACCGAUUCUCAAUGAUGCACUCAGCUACUUAGACCAAGUAAAGGUGCAGUUUGCCGAUCACCCAGACGUGUACAACCGCUUUCUCGAUAUUAUGAAAGAUUUCAAAAGUGGUGCUAUCGAUACACCAGGUGUCAUUGAGAGAGUUUCGCAACUUUUUGCUGGAAACCCUGCACUUAUUCAAGGUUUCAACACUUUCCUUCCUCCAGGCUAUAAAAUCGAAUGUGGUGCAGGCAACGACCCAAAUGCGAUCAGGGUGACCACGCCAAUGGGUACCACUGUCUCUACGAUGCCGGCGCCGCGACCCGUUUCUCCAAUGCGAGGACCAGCUCCAAAUGGCGCAGUUGCAAAUCCGCCUGAACGGGCUUUCUGGCAUCAGCAGCAACCGGGAGGAGUAGAUUCACGCUUCAGUCCUGAUGGACGGCAGAAUAUGGCUCAGCCAGUAUUUGCAAACCAAGGCGCACCCACCUCACAUCCCACUAGUUCUCCAGAAGUUUACCGCCAACAGCAAGCUGAAGCUGCAGCUAUUCACAGGGUAGAGCAGCAAAAUGUCGCGCAACUCGGCAAUGCGGCGGCGGCGGCUUCUGGCAGAGACCUGUCGGGUAGAAGCGGCCUCCUUGGCUCUCCUGGUGAUGCGAGUGCGCCAAUUCACCCACCAAUGAAUGGCGUCAACCCGGGGGCAGCAAUGAUGGUAAAUGGUGGAAUGGAGAAACGUGGUCCUGUAGAGUUCAAUCAUGCCAUCAGCUACGUGAACAAGAUCAAGAAUCGGUUUGCGCAGCAACCAGAUAUCUACAAGCAGUUUCUUGAAAUCUUGCAAACUUACCAGCGAGAAUCUAAGCCAAUUCAAGACGUCUAUGCACAGGUCACACGCCUAUUUGAAACCGCCCCAGAUCUUCUUGAAGACUUCAAGCAAUUUCUUCCGGAAUCGGCUGCUUCAAAUCAAAAUAAGGCACCUGCCAGAUCAGGCGGAGAAGACGCAUUUCCCCUUAGUAGCACAAGAAACGAACCCACUUACAUUGCUGCUGCAUCCGCCAACAGUCAUCUGCACCAGACGCCUCGGCCGGAACAGCACCAUAGACUCCCGCCCAUUGGCAACUUUGCUCCCACUCCGAGCGUAAAUAGAGACAAUAAACGCAAGCGAAGCGAUAGGCAAGGCGGUGCUCCGUCCAUAACGCCAAUUGCACCCGAGGUGAAUAACGUGGCUGGUCGAACUGCAGUUAGCCAGCAGCCAAAUGGGAAUAAGCGAUUGAAGCAGACACAGCCUCCCAAACAAGCUGCACCAUCGUCCGAUAUGUCAACCACAACACCUUCACUUAUACCACCAGCACUACCUCUACCUCUCCCACCGGCGGUUUCCUUGAAUGCUUCGACUGAGGACUUCAGCUUUUUCGACCGUAUACGCAAGCACAUUGGCAAUAAAUCGUUGUGGGCUGAAUUCUUGAAGCUCCUCAAUCUGUACAAGCACGAUUUUAUUGACCUUCCAUUCCUCGUUUUCAAGGCUCAAGCAUUCAUCGGCUCGAAUCCAGAUCUGAUGCAGCAGUUCAAGGAUUACCUUAAGUACAAGGAUUCAGAGUACAGGAUCACAAACGAGCCACAAACUGUUAAUGGUCGCAUUCAACUUUCGAACUGUCGAGGUCUUGGUCCCAGCUACAGGCUGCUUCCAAAGCUCGAGACGAACAAGAAAUGCAGUGGACGUGAUGAUUUGUGCAACUCCGUUUUGAACGACGAUUGGGUGUCACAUCCAACUUGGGCUUCUGAGGACUCCGGAUUUGUUGCUCACCGAAAAAAUGCGCACGAGGAAGGAUUGCAUCGUGUUGAGGAAGAGCGCCACGAUUAUGAUUUCUAUAUUGAGUCUUGCCGCCGCUCAAUUCAGCUGCUGGAACCAAUCGCACAAGGCUUGACUGGCCUUACUCCUGAGCAGCGCAUGAACUUUCAACUCGAUCCCAAGCUUGGCGGCCAGAGUGAGGCCAUAUAUCGUCGUGUAAUCUACAAGAUCUACGGCCGCGAGAAGGGUAACGAAGUCAUCCGCGAACUAUUCCGCCGCCCAUACGACGUCAUCCCCACUCUCCUGGCUCGCAUGAAGACCCAGUGUGAACAGUGGAAGGCCGCUCAGAUCCAAUGGGAGAAGGUCUGGCGUGCACAAACAGAUGCGCUCUUCUGGAAGAGUUUGGAUCAUCAAGGCGCGGCUACACGUGUUGCCGAUAAGCGCCAAUUCUUCGCCAAGCAGCUGAUCAACGAGAUCCAGGUUAAAUAUCAGGAGCAAAAGCGUCAACGUGAGCUUAACCGAGUCAGUGGUGUGCCUAAUUGGCAUUUUUCGUACUCGUGCGAGGAUAAACAAAUCUUGCGUGAUAGUGCGGGACUGAUAAUCUUAUACGCUGAGCAGAAUUACUCAACUGAACACCCGACACUUGUACGCUCCAUCAAAGAACUGCUGACUCAAUUUUUCUUGCUCGAUAGCAAUGAGCUCGACCAAGAAUCCUUUGCUCAAGAUAUGGAUAUUGACAUGGACGGCCAAUCUGAGACUGGUGCAUCGCCACGCCAACGACCAGCUAAAGGUGGUAGGGGCGGACUACUUCGAGGCGUUCUAGACAAGACUCGACGACGUGACGCGGAAGACAGUGAGAGUCGCAGUCGCCAAAGUACACCAGACGAACCACUAGCGGAGAUGUCAGAUGCUCCCGAACUCUCCGCUACUGCCCAAGUCGGUGAAGAUCAGCCAUCAACAGACAAAUGGUUCACCCAUCCGACAGACAACAACAUCUUGGAUAGCAUGAACCUCCAGCCAAAUGAACCUUACAAGAGGACGGUAUACAAUAUGUAUAGCAACGCGGCGAUCUACUGCUUCAUGCGUCUCUUUGGAAUACUAGUUGAACGCCUUGAAAAGAUCAAAGCUAACGAGGAGAACGUGCGAGAAGAUGUCAAAUUACAGAAGGAGCGCAAGGCCGCUCAUGAGCUUGGUUGGAUUUCGAAGGAGCCAUCCCAUUACUUUGCCAACACCGAUCCAGGGGCCAAUUACUAUGCGCAGAUGCUAGACCUCUUUAAGGGCAUGAUCAGGCAGGAUGUGGAUAAUGCACAAGUUGAGGAUACACUUCGUCGAUACUAUCUUCAAGAUGGUUGGCAGCUCUACUCCCUUGACAAGCUGCUCGGGGCGCUGAACAAGUUUGCCAUGGGCAUUUUCUUCCCAGAUGCGAAAGAGAAGACACCAGAAAUUUAUGCCUUGUUCAAGAAGGAUCGCCAACGAGGCGAUGUCAUCACACACAAGGAUGAGGUCCAUUAUCGACGAUCUGUGGACAGACUCGCACGCGAAGGCGAAAUCUACCGUAUCGGAUGGGAUGUCAACAAUUCUAGGAUCACAAUUCAGCUCAUCAAGUCAACGGACCCAACCUUCGAAACGUCCUUACUGUCACGAGCCGAAGCAUGGAAAGUCUACAUCUCAUCCUACGAGACCGUUUAUCCCACCGAAGGUGUCGAUCACUCGCUUGUCCGUCUUCCAAUCCUCAAGCGCAACCUCAAGCAGCUCUUUGGCGAAACAGGCGAGCCAACGGCGAAACUCGAAGAGCUCAACAUUGUAGACAUAGAGCGCAUGCAGUUCCGUAUCUCGGCCUCCACAUACCGUAUGGAGGUCGAGCCGUUCAGCACAGACUUCAUCGCCAACUUUAGCGGAUACAGAGUCGUAAAGGAUAAGGACGCUCAGGCCGAAGCGGAGCGGCGUGGUGCGGAAGUUGAAGAACGCUUCAGAGCAAAUAGCGAAUGGAUGAAGGGGCGCAGUAAGGAUGAGGUCGAUGCAAAGAAGCAAGAAUUUGCGGAGAGAUUCAAUCAGGUGAUUGAACCGCCGAGAAGGAGAUAGCGAGUAGGAUGUGUGCUUAGGGGUUUCAUGCAUUAAUCUGCAUGUCUUUUUUUCAAUUUGGAGUGGCUUAUUUUGCAGGUUUUCAUCCCUUGUUGUGAGUUUACACUGUGCUGCUUAUCUUGUAACGGCUUUAUCUUGCGACGGACUCAUGUAUGGCAGGAACUGACUGGCUGGCGCAAGAUGGACCGGACGGUAUUGCCCAAGAUACACAGGGCGACUUUUUUCUCCCCUUAUGUAAAAGGCUUUCUCAUAUUUAACUGUGCUUAUAGUCGAGCAACCAGCGCGAUAAGGCGCAAGCACUCUUUAUGAGGUUCUACUCUCCAAGUUGGUCUCGUCGCGCCUUCCUC